AUGGCAUUUCCUGAGUAUCAGGAGGACUUGAUCCAAGCAUUGAAUCUGUGCAAGCCAUCCGAUGUCAUCGAAAACAAAGCCUUGCUUGAAUGUUUUCGUGGCUUCAUACAAAGAGGGACUAUACACGAGUGGUGUAGGAUUCUUCCAGAAAACGUUGGGGCUCGCGAUGCAUUUAAUGCUAUCGAACAUCUUCGGGUGCCGGUCCGCGCCGCCGAUGCAGCCACACAACAGCCACACGAUGCUCUCAGACUACCACACGAAGAGUACUUUGAAAAACGCGUUGCAGGGAAAGGAGAAAGGAGCUUACAGAGAUUAAGGAGAUUAAACGAAAUCGCUCAACAUAUGACUGGUGCUCAAAUCACAACACAAUCACCUGAAGUCCAUGAUGGCUUCUCCUCGGCGGAUCCGAUUGCACAGGCAAAGGCGAUGUACGAGAGAAUAGAGCAGCCAACGAACCAAAGUACCACAGCGUAUCGGCAUUGGCUCAUUCUCUUUGGAGAUGCAGUCGACCAAUGUGCAGUAUUGCAGCCACUGCACCUCUCAAAAGGGCGUGACAGCAAAACCGCCGCUUUGGAAAAGAUUGCUCUAGAACUUGGUAUAGAGACGAAGACUGUGGCUAAGAAAUAUACUCUCUCUCGUAGAUACUUGAAAAUCGCAGAGAUUGGAGGCCCAGGUUCUCUGCGUUCAAUAAAUGGCCUCAAGUGGCAUAUAGAAAGAGUCAGUGAAGAAGAUAUACAAUUGCUCUGCGAUUACCGGAAAGACAUGCUCCCGACAGCGGAAAAGCAAUCCCGGGCACUCGAUUCCAUAGUGAUAAAGGAGUUUACUCACGGUCUCCAGGCCCAAGGAGUGAAUGUAGCCGAGAUUGCAGAAGGAUGCACUCGUUUAGCAAAGUUGAUUUGCCGUCACGUGGAAAUCAAAAGCUCUACACAAGGUGACACGAUACUUCCAAAAAGCGUGAACAUAGGCAGCAACGAACACGCCCAGCAUACAUUUCCGCGAUCUACCGCCGGAUCUGAAACCAGGAUGGAUGUCAGACCACCCUCCCAUACUAUGUCUCCUGAUUCACAAGGACCUGUACCCAUUCGUCAUGCCCUACAAAGCCAGCAACUAUGUUCCACUGCGGAGACAUACACAAACACCGCCAAACGGCGGAGAGUCUCCGGAAAUGAAGACGUGCAGCCUCCGACGGUAUGCCCAAUCCUAAUGCCAGAAGACAAUGGGAGUACAACUCAAGCACAGGGCCAGCGCUUCUCAACGGACAUCUCUAUUCUUCCGGAACAGCAGUACAACUCUGCAUCACCUUUCGAAGAGGCAGGCACUAUAGAGCACGGGAUAAUUAGCCCAACAUCUCAUAUGGACCCCGAUGGGGACCUUGUACCAAGUUCAGAGGAAACCGAGGACACCACUUUGCCCUCUUAUGGAAUGUUAGAUCUGUUCGGACAUGAUCAAACAAGCUAUUGUUUCGGCGAAAUUUAA